AUGGCUUCACUUCUCCGGCAAAUAGUCGCAGGCCCCCGUGCCAGACAUCCUGAAGCAGGGCUGGACCUGUGCUAUGUCACUGACUACAUUGUUGUUACUUCAGGUCCUAGUUCAGUAUGGCCCAGGAAAGCCUAUCGAAACCCCCUAGAUCAGCUGGUCGGCUUCUUGGACCGGAAACACGGUGAGGAUUGGGCGAUUUUCGAGUUUCGAGCUGAGGGCACAGGCUAUCCUGAUUCCGAGGUCUACAACAGAAUCCAUCACUUUCCGUGGCCAGACCACCACCCGCCUCCAUUUGCCAUCAUCCCAAAUGUCAUGGCCGCAAUGCGCAACUGGAUUCAGCGAGUGGAUGAGGAGGCAGGUCAGAGCAAGAACAAGGACAAGAAAAGAGUGGCUGUGAUACACUGCAAGGCUGGCAAAGGCAGAAGCGGAACUGUCGCCUGCUCAUACCUUAUCAGCGAGGAAGGCUGGAAGAAGGAAGAUGCUCUCCAACGCUUCACGAUGCGGCGCAUGCGGCCUGGGUUUGGCCUUGGCGUGAGCAUUCCAAGUCAGUUGCGCUGGGUUGGUUAUGUGGAUCGAUGGGCAAACGGUCUGGGCAAACGAUAUGUCGAAAGACCUGCUGAAAUUGUGGAGAUCCAUGUUUGGGGUCUUAGAGAUGGUGUCAAAGUUUCAGUAGAAGGCUACAUUGACGGGGGCCGUCGCAUUCACACGUUUCACACCUUCAAUGGGCAAGAGAAGACCGUGGUUGAAGAGAGCAACGGUCAACAGACGAGGCCGCUUCCUAAUGGCAAAAGGGACAGUGAGACUCUUAGCACACCUGAGAAUGGCUCUCCACUAUCAUCUUCAUUGAGCUUGAGUAGAGCCUCUUCGGGAUCAAUUCAAAACGCCAUCCUAAAGCCAUCUUCACCACUGAUACUACCCACCAGCGACAUCAACGUCGACUUUGAACGACGAAACAAAGCUGGGUACACAGGCCUCACAAUGGUGACAGCUAUUGCCCAUGUUUGGUUCAAUGCUUAUUUUGAAGGAGGCCACGAAGGACAUCGUUCAGGCGUCUUUGAGAUUGAAUGGGAGGCAAUGGACGGUAUCAAAGGCAGCUCCAGAAAAGGCACCAGAGCUCUUGACAGACUGAAAGUCGUCUGGAAAUAUGCGGAGCAAGAAGGGGAUGGUGCUGCUAUGGGGCGAGUCAUCACGGAACCCGAGAAGGGCGAGCCAGUACCGGAAGGACAGCCUGCAAACUGGCGCGGCGAAGACGAUGAAGAGGUCCAACCCGUCGAGGGCGUUGACAGCGGUCGAAAGGGAGCCGCUGCCCUCACAAUGAGUGCAAUGGUCAAUCAAGGAGCGAGCACCCUAGGCAAAGAACUCGGCAUCAGGAAGUCCCGAGCCGACAGUGCGAAUAUAAGUCGGGCAUCAAGUGUGAAGGGCGGAUCGACUCCCCCAGACAUGGGCACUGCUGCUCAACAGGUGGAGGAAUCCGAAGACCAAGGCGUGAAGCAAUGCGGUCCAGAAGGGGAAGAGCUCUCGUAUGACGGCUCUCCAGACCCUGAAGGUGGAAGCAGGCAAGACACCAAGACCGGUCAUGGAAUGGAAGCUGGGAUGGCCAAGGUCGCUCACGUGAUUUCUAAAAUGAGGCCUUCGGAGGACAAGGCUGCAAAAAAGGGAGAGGUUACCGAUCAUCAGGUGGACAAGGAUGAUUCGGUAUGA